CGUAUAUGCAUCUGGCCACAAAAAAGUGCUGUGUGAGUAUGCCCUGAGCUACUCCAGUUGGUAGCUGGUGUGUUCAGGUUGGGCUCAGCCCUUUUUUCUGGGGGGGGGCGCGAGAUGUUCACUUUACCGCCCGGUCCCAUGACAUGGCCCUCCUUUGAGUUUCAUGAUUUCAUCUCCUCCCCGCCCGAAGCCGCGGCAGUCCAGCCAGGCAACAAGAACAGGAGGCGAAACACAAGCUUGCUGAUUCGAUAUGCGCAUCCAGAUGGGCGAAGACGGCAUAUUGUCAUUGACGCUGGCAAGUUUUUCUACCACAGUGCACUCCAAUGGUUUCCUUACUUUGGUGUUCGGGAGCUGGAUGCAGUAAUCAUCACCCACUCGCAUGCCGACGCAAUUGGAGGGCUUGAUGAUCUCCGCGACUGGACGAACAACAUACAAGAGAGCAUUGACGUGUACACAUCGCAAAGAGACUUCGAGGUCAUGAAGAAAACCCACUACUACAUUGUGGAUUCCAGCUCAAUUGUCAAAGGAACUGCAGUCUCGGAUAUUGAGUUUCGGAUUAUCUCGGAGACGCAGCCAUUCUUUGUUCAUGGAUUGCAGGUUACCCCACUCCCAGUGUGGCAUGGUGCCGGAUACAAGUCAUUAGGCUUCCGAGUCGGCAAUUUGUGUUAUAUUAGUGAUGUCAGUGAGAUUCCUGCAGAUACAUACCGCCUCUUGGAAAACUGCAUGAUGCAUUUAAUGGAUCAUGACAAAGUGAACAUGGAGCUGAGGCUCCUCCUGGAAUCCGAAGGACUUGACGUACAGCUCAGCUAUGAUGGCCUGAGAAUUCCUCUCCCCCUUGCUGUCAAUCCCCCACAGCUUGCGCUUGCAAACGAUUUGUCGCCUCGGGAUCGCUGAUCAGGAUGGUGCCAGUCGCUUGCUGCUGUACCCUUAUCAGUCUUCUCGCCUUGCUGUGAAACGCUCUGCUCCCGUGCCAGUUGCUGCGCUGCGCUGCUUCCCGUCUACUGUGUGAAGCUGUACGUAUGCAAGCAAGGAAAGGACAGGGAAGAGGACAGGGAAAGGGGGUUCCCAAUCAUGAGCUGGCGGACACGCGGAUAUGCUGGCAUGAGUACGGCGGAAAGAUCAUUGGAAAAGUGCAGGUGAGCAGAGAACAUGCAGAAGCAUCCGUAGAGAGAGAAUAGGUAAAGGCAGGUGGUUGCAAUGAACAGCUGACCAUGGACAGAUGGGUGGAGCCCCCAAUGGGAGGGAGAGGAGGAGGGGGGUCCCAGUCACGAGGCAAUGGAUGCGUGGAUAUGCUGGCACGAGAAUGGACGAGUGGUUUUACUACAGAAAGGAGGAUGGGCGGGCUUGGCUGUUGUGGAACGUGGUUUUAUAACUUUUAUUUGUUUGACGACUCGCAGAGUCUCAGGGGAAGUGGGAAGAAAACAGUCAGGGGAAGAAUGUAUGCUUAUGAGGCACAGUGAGGUGUAAACGAAGAAACUUGCCUGUUGUGGCUUUUUCAUCCGCAAGGUGCAUUUGGACUGCUCCACCAUUUUGCAGUCACCGGGAUCAUUUCAGGUCCAGAUACUUUUUGAAUGCUGUGCAGUGGACCGAGGCCCCUGCUCGCUUCCUCAGUCGGUGCUGCCGACCUAUACUACUCCGGUCUGUCUCCGACAACCGGAAUAACAAUCAAUCAGGUCAUCAUUCUGAUAAAAAAAGAGCAAUAGCAUGUCUGACAACAAAUGGGAUGUGAUUGGCUCUUGACCCUAUCGAGGUCCCCUUAGGCGCCGCAGAACCUCAGAAUUUGCGGUCCUGAUGCGCGGUACCGAUGUAACGACCUUUUGUCCGGACGUCUGGUCGUGGUGCGGAGCCUUAACGACCCAGUGUUGAUCUUCUCGCCGAGUCCAAGCAACGAGUAUGAAUUCUCAGACGUACAGGUUCCCGUACAGAUAUUACCUGUACGGUUCGGACAGAAAGGCCCCGUACGUGUACGUUUGGCAACGCAGUCCUUAUCAUUUACCUGAUCCAAGUCCACGGCCUAUUUUUGGGUCACUGGAACCAAGGGGCUGGCACGUAUGAGUGGAGCCUGACGGAUUCUUCUGAAGUGCCAAAUGGGAACGGAACUUUUAGGACAAAGGCAGGAGAAACCAGUGAAACCAGUGAAACAACAACACUGUGGACUAAUGGCGAUCGUGGCAGCGCGGUCGUGGCAGCGCAGUGGUGGCGGUGAUGGUGGUUGUCACACUUGACACGACUAACAAGUCCUGCCUGCCAUUGAAACUAAGUGGUCAGGUCCAAAUCGGCGGAUACGGACCGUAUGGGAGUUGAUUACCCAUCUAUUGAUAUUGAUUGGGGGACAAGUUCUCUCUGGCAAGUCGAUGUGCCGACAAGGAAACACAGUUGGUUGGGAACUGACGUGGUACCGAAGUUCCAGAAGUGGGCUGUGGAACUCCAUAAUGGGACCGUCAACCCAUUGGGCCUGUGGAAGUUCCAGAAGUGGGCUGUUCACUACCACGACUCCUCGAGGCUCGAGGAGUCACCUAAGAGAUGUGGUAGUGAACAUUCUGGAGGGGCUGUGGAACUCCAUAAUGGGACCAUCAACCCAUUGGGGCUGUGGAACUCCAUAAUGGGACCAUCAACCCAUUGGGGCUGUGGAACUCCAUAAUGGGACCGUCAACCCAUUGUCGACGUGUGACAGGUUCCAGGAACCUGAUGGAAGUCAGUCUCGAGGCCUGUGAAGCAGAUACGGAAUAUGGUCCCCCCGUUCCAGUGAACGACGACUCUGAGAAGUAGAAGCGGGAAAUAGGAAACACCCUGGGCUCAGCGUACAUGGCUGGCGGGAUACAUGGUUUUUUUUUUUUUUUUUUUUUUUUUGUGAUACAUGGCUUUGUAAAGUGGACCUACAUGGCCCACAGCGGUGUCACGUGUGGCUCUUAAACCACCACUAGC